UUUUUUUUUGCUUUUCCUUUUCAUUUUUUUUCUUUAUUUUUUUUCAAAAUUUACAUAUCAUAAAAAACAAUUCUUUUCUUCAUAAUCACAAUAUCAACGAUUAUUUUUGAUUUAUUUCAUCUAAGAAAAUUUAUCUUUUUAAUAUGAUGAUGGAAAAGCUUGUAUCAGGGCACGAAAGCAAAGUCACCAACACUGAUAAUGAUUGUCCGAGAUUUCGUCCAUUUGCGUCCUUACCCAACUUGAGAUUAAAGGUUAGGAAGGCCAAAUAUUCAACUUCAUUAGACCCGCGGGGCUACAUUCCAGUCUAUGAAUAUAUUAUCAAUAGUCAACCUAUCAUGUGGGAUAGAGAAACGGGAUAUGUUCAUUUUACUGGUAUUUGGAAAGCCUUGGGGAAUUCGAAAUCAGAUAUCGUGAAAAUGGUGGAUUCGAAUCCAGAACUUAAAGUCAAAAAAAUCCGUGGUGGAUUUCUCAAGAUUCAGGGUACAUGGAUUCCUUAUGAUUUUGCAGCCAUUCUAUGCCGAAGGACAGCUUGGAACAUUCGCAAAGAACUUACUGCCAUUUUUGGACCGCGUUUUACAAAUGAGGCCUUGAAUCCUUGUCACGCAGAAUAUGGGUGCCUCCUUUUAGACCCCAAGAACGCCCAUGUGUCACGCGGAGCAAAUAGUAGACGAGGUAGUAAUUACACAACAAUGCGUCAAGUACGACAUCAACCUUAUCCAUUGAAUGAAAGAUCAAGUAAUAAAACCACCAUUCCAACAAGCAAACGGUCACUAAAGCCUGGACAUAGUGAUGCAGUAGAUAAUGUUAUCUCCAGUAUGUCACUUUCAAGAUUAUUAAAUACUGACCAAAUACAACAUGACACUCCUAUUUCGUCUUCUUUUCCAUUGUUGGAUGAUACAUUUAUUUCCGAUCAUGAUGAUAUGCAAGAUGAUGAAGACAGCAGCAGCACAAAUAAUGGUAUAUUUACUGAAUCACCACAUACCACCCCUUCUCCAACUUUCAGGGGAGUCCCUAGUUUUUCUGAUGACAAAUGGAGUAAUAGGAAAUUGAUGCAUUCUGAUACUUUAUUACCACCUAUCACACAACACAAUUCAAAACAAUCAUCUUCAUUCAAUUCGCCUUGUGAAAAAGACAUGUUAGUUCGAAAUAAUGAUCAGCAUCAUUCUAUAUCUGUUUACUCUACAACUCCUCAUCCAUGUCCUGUACCUCGUAUAACUCCUAUAACGCCAUCAUCAUCGCAUUGGUCACAAUCGUCUAUCAAUAUGCCAUCUACUCCUGUAGGUACUGAAUCCCCUUGUCCAGAUAACACAACAGAAUUGAAUCAAGAUAUUAUUGAUACAAUCAAUGCUACGAUCUUAUUACAAAGACUGUCACAAGAUGAUGGAGCUCGACCUUUUCGACCAAUGUCUUCAAAUACAAUACCUAGCAGAGUAGUGGUCGGAGAUCAAGAGUAUCGGAUAUGCUGGGAUAAUUAAACUUUCCAACAAUAAACAAUGGAGAUGAAUAUUUAGCUAUACUUUUUUUUUUUGAAGCUUUUUUUUUGUUUGUUUAUUCCCCCCAAAAAAAUUGUCGUAAUCUAGAUUAUUUAAAUCAAAAUAUAAAUAAUAAUAAAAUGUAUGUUUACGUCUUUUCUUUGUCAAAUGACUUUUCAUCGAAACUCAUAAAAAAAAAAGCCACUUUAAAAACUUUAAUCAAGACUCCUGACGGAAAAAACAACCAACAAUCAAAAGUUCAAACGGAGUCAAAAACCAUAAAAUAAAAAAAAA